UCGCCCUCGAACCGCGGAAAAGAAAGGUUGCGUCGCCCUUGAUCCUCGGUCGCCCUUGAACCUCGGAGGAAAGCGACUGCUCCGCCCUUGACCUGCUUGGGCCCCGGAGGAGCAGAGCGUCUGGACCAACGAUGAGCCAGUCGGAGCCUCGCGCAGCAGGCGGGUGCGAGGGCCUGGUGCCGGACGCGCCGCUCCUGAAGGGGCGCGAGCGGCGGCAGGAGGGGGAGGCGCCCGGCCCGCUGCGGGAAAUAGACUGCGAGAUGAAGGCGGUGGAGGAGUUCCUGGAGGGCAUCCGAGAGGAGAGGAAGGAAGUGGGCACCGCCAUCCGGAACCUUUUCUCCUUCUGUGAGGUCAUGCUGAGGGAUGUCUGCAGGUGGCGAGACCGAAGACAGAAUCACGGAGGCCCCAAGGAGAGCAGUGUGUUGAAAGAGCCAGCUGAGGAAUGUGAUGAAGCCAUAGGAGAGACAAGCGCGAUAUCUGAACUGAUGCAGGACUUGAAUGUUAAGGGAGACGAAGGUCAGGAGGAAGAGCAUACUUACGAGGGUGAAGCUAGUAUGGAGGAAGAGGCUUCUGGAGGUGUAGAAUGGGAAGACGAUGAUGAUAUUGAAGGUGGAGCGAGCGAAGAAGUGAACCUGCACGAAGACUCCUUGCAGAUCGAAAACACGCUCUUGGAUAUCGAAGACGUUGUGGACGAACUGAGAAGUUCUCCGGCCCCGGAUGUGGACCCCGGCGACGGGGACGCGGAAAUGUCGGUCGAGUUUCUGCAGUCGCUUGUGACCCUAGUUCGACGGGAGUUGGCAGCAGCGGAGGAGGAAAGGGAGACGCUGGAGCAACAUGAGAAGUCCCUGACCGAAGAAUUAGAUGCCCUGAACGAGACCCGCACGAGUUUCCGGAACGCGAGCGCCUGCGGACAAACGGACGGAUCGUUGAAUGAUCCCGUCGAUGCGGAAGCCGAGUCACCCGGCCACGAGGACGAAGAAGAACAGGUACCCACGAUUGGAAAAAGUCCGAUGGAUCCUAUAAAGGUCGGGGAAUCAUCAGAUGCCACGGGUGUCUUGCAAACCACCGAGGAGGAAUCCACGCGCUGUGUCAGGCAGGAAGCUCCGCCAGCUGUUGGUGAGUCAGCUGGAGAAGCCACUUGUGUUUUGGAAGCCGUGGAGAAAGAAAAUCCCACGCUUGCCGUCAGUCAAGAAGAUCCAUCAAAGGCUGAAGAUACUGGAUAUUUUGCAGCUCAAAGAGAAAGAAAUUAGCGACGUGGAUUCUUCAGGCACGCCUUACAAUACUCAGGAUAAAUAAAUAUGUUUAAUCUGAUUUUGCGAAUUUAGUCAGAAGGAUAAUUUUUUUUUUUUUUUCUUUUUUUUUUUUCUGAAAUGAAAAUUUUUAUUUACUGCUAUGAGAAAACAUAACUACCGGAAGGAGAUAAAAGUUCUUAUAGAAAGUCAAAAUAUUAUAUACUAUUUUGCAGCUUAAAGAGAAAAAAAUCAGCGACGUGGAUUCUUUGCGCCUUACAAUACUCAUUGCCGAGUUUGUGCGAAUUUAGUCAGGAGUCCGAAGGAUAAAAGAUUUCUUAUCUGAAAUGAAGUAAUUUCUUACUGUUUUAAGAGAAAAUAACCAGAAAGGAGAUAAAAGUUCUUAUAGAAAGUCAGAAGAUUAUUGUCUGUGCUAGAAGGUUUGAUUAGUUGUUGAUUAUGAAGUUUUCAUCCGUGGAUUUUUUUUUUUUUUUUUUUUUUUUUUUUUUUUUUUUUUUUAUUCCAAUUACAAAUUAAGUACAGCUUUUAGAAUGUAGAAAUUUUCAUGAAGGGAAAAAUGUGACCAAAGAAUAUUGGGUCAAAAUGUGAUUAACAUGUACAUGGAAAAUUCCAGUCUAGUUUGUUUAUUUAUUUUGCAUGUGUAUGAAAAAAAAUAUAAAAGGAAAUAAAACUUUGUUAAAAAAUUAUAUUUCCCUCCUUCCCUGAUUUAAUAAAAAUCCAGAUCCUAAAUUCAAGUGUUGAAUUAACAAGCAAUAGAGAUAUUGAAAACUACUGAUCUUGCAAAAUGUUACCCAAAAGUGACUCGCAUUCUCC